AUGCACUUGAUCAACAUCCUCCUUUGCCUGGCCAGUGCUGCCUCAGCGGCCAAUGCUGCUCCAGUAGCCAGUGCCCCGGGCAGCAAUUGUCGAGACAGCGGCGUCUGCGCAGGCAUCGAAGCUAGCCUGAGCUCUGCCAUUGCACAACUGAAAGAAAUGGACCAGCACCAGCGAUUCUCGGACGGACAGCACAUCACUUGCGUCGACACGAACAGCGAGGGCAGCUCUUCCCUCUGUCUCUCUUUCCAGGGCACCGGUCGAUCAUGGAGUGUCUUCCAGGCUGCCUGGUUUGCUCAGUCGCUGAUAGAGAAAGGCUGUCAGGCGUGUGGAAGCCUGUCCCUGGGCUCUGAUCACAAGCACGGAGAGCUGACCUCUAGCGUUAUCUCCAAGCCUGCUAGCGGUCUAUGA